AUGAGAGCACUCCACCCAUUCUCAUUGGUUACGGAAGUCUCCGAUAAGAAGUUCUCGACAAGCUGGCAGCCUAGCCGGCGAAGCGGAUACAGCAAAGUAGCAUCUACUGUAUCUCAAUCUUCAGUCACGAGUCAUCCCUCCCCCGUUGCUCAGACAGCCCCGCCAGUUGAGGACAAAAUCGGAUCCUCACGAAAGGGCCAGCCCCAAUCCCAAGCUGAUGACAUGAUAUCUGCACUGCCGUUGAUUCGACAUCUUCGCCUGGAUGGAAAAGUCUCCCAAACAUCUGAGGAAUCGCCGAUCUACAAGGAAGUCCGCCCAUAUCGAACUCUGCAUCCCGCUGCACGACCCAGUCACCUCGUGGCAGGAUCCUUAUUUACCGCAGAAAAGCUUCCUUCCGACCCAUAUUUCUUCAUUCCAUCGUUGCAGGGCACUCAGCAGAAAAGUCUGCAAGAUCGCCGGGUGAUUGCAACAUGCUAUGUGGGGCCAUACCUUUGUGGUCACGCCGGCUACGUACAUGGUGGCCUCCCCUUCCUGUUAUUUGAUGAUGUAUUUGCCUGCUGUGCCGGGAUGCUCUUCGAAAGCGGAGUGGCAAUGACAGCAAAGAUGAACAUUGACUUUCUAAAACCCGCAAUUCCCAAUCGAGUCUAUGUGUAUCGGGCGGAGAUUACUAAAACUGAAGGACGAAAAGCAUGGGUUAGGGGGCAAAUGCGCUGUAUCAAUGCUUUUACUGUUGAUGAGAUGAGGGCUCGACAGAUGCCUAUGAGUGAUGCGCUGAGCACAGAGGAGAAAGAGUCUGUCUUAGUCGCCGAAGCUGCUGCUUUGUUUGUCGAGCCUAGAUUUGGAAAGGCAAGCUCCCAUACCACUUUGCUGACCUUGGCGGAUAUGGCUGAUCUUGAUUUUAGUCGAUGGGAUCUCUUUUUUCUUGUGGUCGUCAACGCCAUUUGUGAGGUUAGGAUUGUUGGGUUCCAGGCUUGCCGACCAAUCGCCUGCCGCCUGCACCGCAAAUCCAUCAUCUUCCCCCCCACUUCUUCUCCAUCUCCUGGUCGUAGCGGCGCCAAUUGGGGCACAGAUCCAUCGUCAUCCUCCUCCCAUCCUUCUCCAUCGCUGUCUGGUAGCGGUACCAGUUGGGCCGCCCGCACCUCAGAUCCAACGUCAUCCUCCUCCCCUUCUUCUCCAUCUCUUGGUCGUAGCGGCGCCAAUUGUGCAUCCAAAAGCCUUGCGAACCCGGGCAAAAGGGUGUCAUCUAUGACGUUCCUUAGGACUACACCAAGCGGUGUUUGA